AGAUUGCACUUUCACAAUGAAAUGAGGGAGGCGAAGGGCUGAUCUCUCAGAUAUUUGACUGGUAAACCAGUACCUUUUCUAGUAGAUGUGACCAUAGGGUAAAUUCUCUCUAGGCUAGAUAAACGGAGGAGUUUAUUUAGUGUUUUAGCAAGCUUUAUUGCCUCCAUAGGUAACAAUUAUUUGCAUUUCCUAGAGUAGGGGCUAAGACGCGCCCUGGAAUCUUUCCUUUUUGAUGUGGCUUUUCCAAUGAGGUCAGACUUCCCUGAAGGCUAUCCUGAAUAGUCUUUUCUGCCUGAGUAGUGGCCAACACACGGGCAGGUUUGCAAGCUUUCUCUUCGUGCAGAUCCGUCCAAAAACGUAGGUGACAAACGGUCACUCGAAGAUCUUUGCAGGAUCCUACUCAGGAACCCAAGCGCGCCUGCGCGUCGGAGCCCUUUUGUGGCUGGGGAGGGGGUCCGGUUGCGCAUGCGCAUUAGGCCGGCACCGACAAGUGCGCUGCACCAUUGGCACCGGCUGGGGGCGAGCCGACCUCAAGCAGCCGCCGCCACCGCCGCCGUCGUUGCUACUGCCGCAGCGGAGCUCAGAGGGCCCAGACGUGGGAGACUUCCCACAUGGUGACUGAGAUGUCGUCCACUGCGGCUUUUUAUCUUCUCUCUACGCUAGGAGGGUACUUGGUGACCUCAUUCUUGUUGCUUAAAUACCCGACCUUGCUGCACCAGAGAAAGAAGCAGCGAUUCCUCGGUAAACACAUCUCUCACCGCGGAGGUGCUGGAGAAAAUUUGGAGAAUACGAUGGCAGCUUUUCAGCAUGCGGUUAAAAUCGGAACUGAUAUGCUAGAAUUGGACUGCCAUAUCACAAAAGAUGAACAAGUUGUAGUGUCACAUGAUGAGAAUCUAAAGAGAGCAACUGGCAUCAAUGUAAACAUCUCUGAUCUCAAAUACUGUGAGCUCCCACCUUACCUUGGCAAACUGGAUGUUUCAUUUCAAAGAGCAUGCCAAUGUGAAGGAAAAGAUAACCGAAUUCCAUUACUGAAGGAAGUUUUUGAGGCCUUUCCUAACACUCCCAUUAACAUCGAUAUCAAAGUCAACAACAAUGUGCUGAUUAAGAAGGUUUCAGAGUUGGUGAAGGAGUAUAAUCGUGAACACAUAACAGUGUGGGGUAAUGCCAGUUAUGAAAUUGUAGAAAAGUGCUACAAAGAGAAUUCAGAUAUUCCCAUACUCUUCAGUCUACAACGUGUCCUGCUCAUUCUUGGCCUUUUCUUCACUGGCCUCUUGCCCUUUGUGCCCAUUCGAGAACAGUUUUUUGAAAUCCCAAUGCCUUCUAUUAUACUGAAGCUAAAAGAACCACACACCAUGUCCAGAAGUCAAAAGUUUCUCAUCUGGCUUUCUGAUGUUUUACUAAUGAGGAAAGCUUUGUUUGACCACCUAACUGCUCGAGGCAUUCAAGUGUAUAUUUGGGUAUUAAAUGAAGAACAAGAAUACAAAAGAGCUUUUGAUUUGGGAGCAACUGGGGUGAUGACAGACUAUCCAACAAAGCUCAGGGAUUUUUUACAUAAUUUUUCAGCAUAGAAAAAGAGGUACUUAGAAGUAUUGAAAGAAAAAAUGAAGACCUAAGAAAAAGAUAUUUCACCAUUAUUUCCCUAAGCCAUUUCCAGAAUGGUAAAAGGUUUAAUCAGUUUUUAAUUACCUCAUUUUUAAGCCUGUAUGAGAAUGUAGACACUAUAUAUUAUAUGUAUAUUUAUUUUAAAUAAUAUUGUAUAUUUUAUGUUUGUAAAUUAUUUAGAAAGAUAAUUGGUUAUGAGAUGUAAGUCUUAGUUUCUUAAUAUGCAUUUUAGUUUCUAGAUCUUCUACAGAAAUCUUGAUUAAUAACAUACAUAAAAAUGUUACAUAUACUAUAUCAUCUACAAAAAUCUUGAUCAAUAAUCUAGAAACUAGAUUAUCUUUUAUUAAAAGCAGAUUUAAUAAAAGAUUUAAGAUGGAACCUUGAAUGCUCAAAUAUUUUAAUAGUCCCAAUUACAACUUUUUAUUAUUUAAUGCCUUUUUCUUUUCUUUUCUUUCCUUUACUUUUUUGAAACACAGUAUUGCUCUGUCGCCCAGGCUGGAGUGCAGUGUAGCGAUCUUGGCUCACUGCAACCUCCAUUUCCUGGUUUCAAGUGAUUCUUCUGCCUCAGCCUCUAGAAACGAAAUUAUCUAGAUUGUUGAUCAAGAUUUCUAUAGAUGAUGUAGUGUUCUAUUAUAAGUAAUUCUGGAAUCAAAGACUAUUGGAUACAUUUGGCAUUGGGCCACGUGCGGAGGCUCACACCUAUAAAUCCCAGCACUUCAGGAGGCUGAGGUAGGUGAAUCACCUGAGGUCAGGAGUUUGAGACCAGCCUGGCCAGCAGGACAAAACCCCGUCUCUACUAAAAAUACAAAAAUUAGCCAGGCGUAGUGGUACACAUCUGUAAUUGCAGCAACUUGGAAGACUGAGGCAGGAGAAUCGCUUGAACCCAAGAGAUGGAGGCUGCAGUGAGCCAAGAUAGCUCCACUGCACUCCAGCCUGGGAGACAGAAUGAGACUCUGACUCAAAAAAAAAAAAAAAAAAUUGGCAUUAGCCUUCACUGGAAUACAAUAACUAGUUAGUAAAAGGUUUUUGUUUUUUUUUUUACUUUGACACAGAAUCUCGCUGUUUCACUGAGGCUGGAGUGUAGUGGUGCAGUCUUGGCUCACUGCAACCUCUCCCAGGUUCCAGCAAUUCUCCUGCCUCUGCCUCCCAAGUAGCUGGGAUUACAGGCAUGCCCGCCACCAAGCCCGGCUAAGUUUUUGUAUUUUUAGUAGAGACAGUGUUUUGCCAUGUUGGCUAGAUGGGUCUCGAACUCCUGACCUCAGAUGAUCCACCUGCCUCGGCCUCAAGGUGCUGUGAUUACAGGUGUGAGACACCACAGCUAGCCAGUAAAAGAAAAUUUGAAGGCCAUUGCAGCUAUUUGGUAGUGUAGUGUCUUGUUAUUUUUAAGUACAUCUUAGUUAAAGGGGAAAUAUAAAAUGGAAGAAGAGCUUGGAAAUCAGUGAUGUGUAGUUAUCUGGCAAGUUAUACAUAAUUAGCAGCGGUCAGGCUCAAGAAAAUAAAAAUUGAUUAGUUGAUCAGAAAUAAAAUCCUGUAGAGUGAAUUAGAUUUCUGAGUUGCUAUUGUUAAUGGGAACAUUCUAUUUAAGACCUUUUUCAAGUGUGUAACAAUUCUACCAUGUCCCUUUUUUUAAGCAUUAAAAGUGAACUUAUCAAUUGUAAAUUAAGACAAGAUCCAAAUAGUCAUAUUUUUGUGUUUCCUCUAAAAAAAUGUAAGAUUUCCAAUUUUGGCAUUAACUAACUGAGCCUACAUCUAGAUUUUAAAUACCAUCUUGAAUCCUAAUAAUUAUAGUAAACAGAUGAAAGUGCAUAUCAUUGUUCCUAACACUUAAAAACCCCCAUAAAGAUGUUCCUGAUCCUUAAAAUUCAUUUGAGUAUUCAGUAGAAUUUUCCAAAGCAUUAGACAUGACUUUCUCAGUUUAUCUGAGGCGACUUUGUGCAAAUCUAUUUUUAAUAUAUUUGAUUAAUUUUUAUGAUCUCAGAUUGUGAGGUGAAUAUAAUCAUGAAUAAUAAGUGUCUUUUACCUAGAUUACAUCUCUUGUUUGUAGUUCAGCAAUGAAAGAGCUAUGAAGGAUGACUGUACUCUCCCUCUGUUCCUGGAUGACAUAAAUAUCAUUUGCUUUGUUGUUUAAACUGAAAUAAAGUUUUCCAAGAACAAA